CUGGUGGUGGUGAAGAUGGCGGAUGGAGACAGCGGGAGUGAGCGCGGUGGUGGAGGCAGUGGUGGUGGUGGUGGUGGUGGAGGCGGAGGCGGAGGUGGAGGCGGCGGUUUCUCGCAGUUCCAGCGGGAGCAAGAGACGCAGGAAUUGGCGUCAAAGCGCCUCGACAUCCAGAACAAACGUUUCUAUCUGGACGUCAAGCAAAACUCCAAGGGCCGUUUCAUCAAGAUCGCUGAGGUCGGCGCCGGUGGAUCGAAAAGUCGCCUGACCCUUUCCAUGUCUGUGGCUGCGGAGUUCCGCGACUACCUCGGCGAUUUCAUCGAGCACUACGCCCAGCUUGGACCCAGUAGCCCCGAGCAGAUCGCGCAGUCCUCAGGGGGAGGCCCAGGAGACGACGGCGGCCCUCGGCGGGCUCUCAAAAGCGAGUUCUUGGUGCGUGAGAACCGUAAAUACUACCUUGAUCUAAAGGAGAAUCAGCGCGGCAGGUUCCUGCGCAUACGACAGACCGUGAAUCGAGGGCCGGGCUUUGGUCUCGGAGGCCCCGGAGGCGGCGGAGCGCAAGCGGGUCAAACAAUCGCACUACCUGCGCAGGGCUUAAUCGAGUUCCGCGACGCGCUCGCCAAACUCAUCGACGAUUACGGUGGAGACGACGAGGAGCUAAGCGGCGGUGCAGGGGCCGGCGCGGCCUCAGGUGGUUACAGCGAGCUGCCUGAGGGCACCUCCAUCAUGGUGGACUCCAAGCGCUUCUUCUUCGACGUCGGCUCCAACAAGUACGGCGUGUUUCUGCGCGUGAGCGAGGUGAAGCCCAGCUACCGGAACUCCAUCACGAUUCCGUUCAAAGCCUGGAGUAAGUUCGGCGGCGCCUUCUGCCGCUACGCCGAGGAGAUGAAGGAGAUCCAGGAGAGACAGCGCGAUAAAAUGUACGAGCGGAGAGACGAGUCCGAGGGAGAGGACGUGGAUGACGACUGAUGCUACACAAAGUUUAUUUAAAAAAAAAAAAAAAAAAAAAAAAAAACAA